UGGCUAGUUUAGUUUAAAGCUACAAUUGGUUGGUGUUACUGUUAUGCAGAUCUCCAUAAGGGUGGUAGCUAGAACUGACAUAAUAUUGCUAGCUGACUUGCUGGGAUAGCUAUUAACGUUACCUUAUGCCGUAUUCUUAUUUUUCUGGUAUUAACUAAAUUGUAGUUUAGAAACUGUUUUCGACAUAACGUUGUCUUUAUAACGGGGUUGAUAGAGCUGUGGGAGCUUGACAAGUUGUGCCUGCUUUUGAAAACUUAGCCUGUUAGCUAGUUUAGCUAGCCGGGGGUUGGCACUGGGGAUCAGACUCGGAGAGCUGACCAGCUGGCUUGCUAGCCACUUACUACCAGUCAGCUAGCUAAUGUUAUUGGCCAAGCUAACGGUACUGUAACAAUGCAGGUUAACUAGAUAGCUAUAUUCGCUAGCUAACUGUUAAGGCUAGAUAAAUCGUUUCAGGUAAACUGUGGUGUAGCUAGUUAGCCUGACGACAAGAACACAACAUCUUAGCUUAACGUUAGUCCUCGCUACUGUACUUUUUUUUGUUUCGUGAAGGGGAAGAAUGGAGAGAGAUACUAUUUUGAGAUACAUUGACAAAUGAAUUUUCAUCUGGCAAAGAUUGAUUUACAAGAAUUGGAUCGGACCUGGCGUUGACAAGCAAGCUGUAAACUCGCCCUGCUAGCUAGCUAAGUGGGCUAACGGUAGCUGACUGGCGUCAACAACCGAGCAGCUGAUUGCGGAUGGCCGGUGUCUCUGUAUUGGACAUGGAGACGCCUUCAUGCCCUCCGGUCCCUGUGCACCAGAACGGGACUGCUCACCGGGAGCCUCGGGGGUCCAGGCCAGCCACUGCUCCGGUGCUGCGGGUCCACCUCUACCACAGCAGCCUGGCUGGGCUAGACUCAUCCCCCCUCAGCUACCCACCAGGGGACUACGUAGUCGAGCAACUGUGUGUCAAUGCAGCGAAGGAGUGCAGUGUGUCGCCUCUGUACUGCAGCCUGUUUGGGCUCUUCAGAGAGAGAGACGGCAUGUGGUUCUCCCCGAACCAUGUCUUCCAGCUAGAUGAAUAUGCCAAUGAAGACAUGGUCUUCAGAAUAAGGUACUAUUUCCCUGGCUGGUACAGCAGUGGAGCUACGAGGGCAUAUCGGUAUGGAGUCACCAAGGGCUCUGAGAGUCCUGUCCUCGAUGACUUUGUCAUGGCAUACCUCUUUGCCCAGUGGAGGAGUGACUUUGUGAAUGGCUGGGUGAAGAUCGCCAACACACAUGAGACUCAGGAGGAGUGCCUUGGCAUGGCUGUAUUGGACAUGAUGAGGACAGCCAAGGAAAGACAAAUGUCUCCGCUGGAUAUCUACAAUUCCAUAAGCUACAAGUCCUUCUUGCCCAAGGAAAUGAGGGCUCACAUCCAGGACUGCAACUUCGUGACCAGGAAGAGGAUCCGCUACCGCUUCAAGAAGUUCAUCCAGCAGUUCAGCCAGUGUCGGGCUACGGCACGCGACCUGAAGCUCAAAUACCUCAUCAACAUGGAGUCUCUCGAGCAGGCAUUCUACACAGAACGCUUCCAGGUCAGGGAAUCCUCGGUAGGGCAGGUCACCAUCAUCGUGACGGCUGAUCAUGGCAUCCAGUGGUGCAGAGACGGGCACAAAGACUCUGAGCAGGACCUGCAGACCUACUGUGAUUUUCCAGACGUUACUGACAUCAGUAUUAAACACGCCAAUAAGGAGGGCUCGAUGGAGAGUCGAGUGGUUACCAUCAAUAAACAAGACGGCAAGACUCUGGAGCUGGAGUUCAAUUGCCUCUCUGAAGCUCUGUCCUUUAUAUCGCUGAUUGAUGGCUACUAUCGUUUGACGACAGAUGCACACCACUACCUCUGUAAAGAAGUGGCACCCCCUGCACUGGUGGAGGCCAUUACCAGCCACUGUCAUGGUCCCAUUUCAAUGGAUUUUGCAAUUAAUAGACUGCAAAAAUCUGGGAACAAGCGGGGUCUGUACAUCCUGCGAUGCAGCCCUAAGGACUUUAACAAAUACUUUUUGACCUUCACCGUGGGGUUAUACGAUGGCAUUGAGUACAAGCACUGCCAGAUCACUAAGGCUGCUAAUGGAGAGUUCAAUCUGAGUGGAACCAAAAGGAACUUCAGCAACCUCCAGGAAUUGCUGAGCUGCUACCAGAAGGAGACUGUGCGCUCUGAUGGCAUCAUUUUCCAGUUCAGCAAGUGUUGCCCACCCAAAUCCAAAGACAAGUCCAGUUUACUGGUAUCCAGGAGUAACAAGGGCUCAGACGUGCCGCUCUCUCCCUCCCUACAUAGACGCAACAUCAACCAAAUGGUGUUCCACAAGAUCAGGAAAGAGGACCUGGAAUAUACUGAGAGUCAAGGCCAAGGGACAUUCACAAAGAUCUUCAAAGGGGUCCGCAAGGAGCUGGGAGACUAUGGGGAGAUGCACCAAACAGACGUCAUCAUGAAAGUCCUGGACAAGGCCCACAGGAACUACUCGGAUUCUUUCUUUGAGGCAGCCAGCAUGAUGAGCCAGCUAUCGCACAAGCACCUGGUGCUGACCUACGGCGUGUGUGUGUGCGGGGAGGAGAAUAUCAUGGUGCAGGAGUAUGUGAAGUUUGGCUCCCUGGACACAUACCUGAAGAAGAACAAAAACUCAGUCAACAUCUUGUGGAAGCUUCAAGUGGCCAAGCAGCUUGCCUGGGCCAUGCACUUCCUGGAGGAAAAGAACCUUGUUCAUGGGAAUGUCUGUGCCAAGAACGUCCUGCUGAUCCGGGAAGAGGAUCGGAAAACUGGGAAUCCACCCUUCAUCAAGCUGAGUGACCCUGGUGUCAGCAUCACUGUCCUGCCCAAAGAUAUUUUGGUUGAGCGAAUCCCCUGGGUGCCUCCUGAAUGUAUUGAGGAUUCUACCAACCUGAGCCUUGCAGCAGACAAGUGGAGCUUUGGCACAACGCUGUGGGAGAUCUGCAGUGGAGGGGAGAAACCACUGGCAACACUGGACAACUCUAAGAAAAACCUCUUUUACGAGGACCGCCACCAGCUGCCUGCUCCUAAGUGGACUGAGCUUGCUAACCUGAUCACCAGCUGCAUGGACUACGAGCCCACGUUCAGACCCUCUUUCAGGGUCAUCAUCAGGGACCUCAACAGCCUGUUCACACCUGAAUAUGAGCUGAUUGUGGAGAGUGACCUCCUGCCAAACAGAACAGCAGCGUCACCAUGGGUCACUGGGGCUUUUGAGAACCAAGAGCCAGUCCAGUUUGAGGAGAGACACCUCAUCUUCCUACAGCAGUUAGGCAAGGGUAACUUUGGCAGUGUGGAGAUGUGCCGGUACGACCCACUCCAGGACAACACGGGGGAGGUUGUGGCUGUGAAGAAGCUUCAGCACAGCACGGCAGAGCACAUGCGGGACUUUGAGAGGGAGAUCGAGAUCCUCAAGUCUCUUCAGCAUGAGAAUAUCGUCAAAUACAAAGGAGUGUCUUACAGCGCAGGCCGGAGAAACCUGCGACUGAUCAUGGAAUACCUGCCCUAUGGGAGUCUGAGAGAUUACCUCAUCAAGAACAAGCAGAGAAUAGACCACAUGAAACUGGUGCAUUAUACCGCUCAGAUAUGCAAGGGUAUGGAGUACCUGGCAACCAAGCGCUACAUCCACAGAGAUCUGGCAACCCGUAACAUCCUGGUAGAGAGUGAGCUGAGGGUGAAGAUAGGGGACUUUGGCCUGAGCAAAGUCCUGCCCCAGGACAAGGAGUACUAUAUGGUCAAGGAGCCUGGAGAGAGCCCCAUCUUCUGGUAUGCCCCAGAGUCUCUGACGGAAAGCAAGUUCUCUGUGGCUUCUGACAUCUGGAGCUUUGGCGUAGUGCUCUAUGAACUGUUCACCCACAGCGACAAGAACUGCAGCCCUCCUGCAAUGUUCAUGGGCAUGAUGGGUAAUGACAAGAAGGGCCAGCUGAUUGUUUAUCAUCUCAUUGAGCUCCUCAAGUCGGGCAGCAGGCUGCCUCAACCUGUGGGCUGUCCCAUGGAGAUGCAUGAGAUAAUGCAGGAAUGCUGGGAUAAAGACCCAUGUUUGCGGCCCUCUUUCAAGGAGCUGGCCCUGCGUGUCGACCUGUUCCGUGACAGCAAGGAUACGUAGACAAACACCCUAAGUGCCCCUCUUCUAAGAGACUGUUUUUCUGCAUUCACUUGGUUGCCGUGUGUGUGUGUGUGUGUGUGUGUGUGUGUGUGUGUGUGUGUGUGUGUGUGUGUGUGUGUGUGUGUGUGUGUGUGUGUGUGUGUGUGUGUGUGUGUGUGUGUGUGUGUGUGUGUGUGUGUGUGUGUGUGUGUGUGUGUGUGUGUGUGUGUGUGUGUGUGUGUGUGUGUGUGACCGCCCCCCCCCUGUCCUUUUGCAGUGUGGCAAUAGAUUGGACUGAGAACAAGAUCUUCUACCAGGACACUAUAGAGACACUUGUAUCAAACAAGGUCUCAUUUCUCUUGAGAGUGUGUUUUUUUCUCUUCUUCUCCAGCCCUUUGUUUUCUAAGCUAGCAGGGCUAGCCUUCACCUUUCUGUCCCCCCAUCUGAAAAAUGAAAGUAUGCUGGACUGAUGGAACGGAAUGUUUCUUCUUUUUAUUUGUGUCGUUUUAUGUAUGUAUAUACAUAUAUUUGUGUACAUAUGUCAAGAGGAUUUUAUAAUUUUAUAAAAUGAAAAGAAUACAGUGCAGUCUGUAUUUGAAAUGUUAGACCAGAAGUCAGUGUAAAUGAAGUACAGUUAGAGAUUUAAAAAUCCAUUGAUUUAAAAUUCCAUUGUGAAGCAGGUGUUGUAAGAUUAAAAUAUAUAUCCAUGCUA